CUUGUUUUACAGUCAUUUUAUAUCGCCACUAGUGAAUAAAAGCAGACCUUAUCUACUUAGCCGUAACUGUUAAACCAAAGCAUUUAGCACAAGGCAUAGCUAUUACGUAUGGCCAAAUACUUUUAUUUGAAACAAACAAUCACAACGCUGACUGUGAUAACAACUUGUAUUGUUGUGCUUGGUUAUUUGAAGCUGAUUAGGUACGAAGAGGGAAAAUUAAUAAUUCACGUCCACAGAGCAAAUCCAAACAAAGCUACUUCAAACGAGCAACAGCAUUAUGUCCCUUCAGCACCACAAACAACAUUAUCAACACAAACAGAGGAAGCAAAUAGAAGAAAAGUUAGUUUGAAGUCGGACUGUCAAAAACUACAACCCUUAGACGUACAUACGAAGGCUUUGGUCAGAAAUGCUUUGGAAAAAGCAGUUCAGCUAAAAGAAUUAUUUCGACACCAAUCCGAGAAACUCAAAAGUGAUUUGAAUGAGACCGUUUCCAUUCUGGCCUAUUUUGAAAGGCUUUCAAAACCGCUAGAAAACUCUCUAAUGAAUGAUUUGGAAUUACUUCAUAAUAUAACUUCAACAGAUGAUCACAUAGAAUUAAAAGAAUUGAACGAAAUAGCUCAAAGUAUGAUUCAUAGGUCACAGAAUCCUAUAGAUUGCCGUGUUUCUCGUAAACUUCACUGUUCAAUUAAGCAUACAAGUUGUGGAUUUGGGUGCCUGAUGCACGAUUAUGGUUUAUGUACAUUCGUCGCUGUUGGGAAAUCCAGAUGCAUGCAGUAUGACAUGAAACAACUGACGGCUUACCCUGGAAUUUCUUCCAUGUUUAAGUACACCGGCAAUACAUGCGUCAACACCUCUCAUUUCGGGGAAUCCAUUGAGUGGCGAUCGUCUUUUCACAAGAAACCCACCCUGGAGGAAGCCGAAGUAAUCAAAAUGACAAUUGAUGGACCAUACACAAGCCAUUCACUCUUCAGUCCCGGUACCGUCCCAGAAAAAUUACUGCCGCGAAUUGAACGCGUCCAUGGCGAUCCUAGAGCAUGGUGGAUAGGCCAUGUUAUGAAUUACUUCCUUAGACCACAGCAAUUGGUCGAAGACGAAUUUACUUCAGUUAAAAGAGAGAUUCAAUUCGCGCAUCCUAUCGUUGGUAUUCAUAUACGGAGGCGAGAUAAAAUCUCUGAAGCUCCUUAUUAUGAUCUGGAGAGGUAUAUGGACCAUGUGGAAAGCUGGUAUGGCCGCUACUUUAUGAAACAUCCUAGUGAAAAUGUGAUCAGACGUGUCUAUCUCGCAACGGAUGCAUCUGAAGUUGUUGAAGAAGCAAAGAUAAGAUAUCCAAAGUAUGCGUUCAUCACUGCUCUUGGAAAAUUGUUUAAAGAAUCUCAAAAUCGACAAAGCGCGUCAGCCGUGAAAUGUAUCUGGUAUGACGUCCUCCUAUUGAGGGAUUGCGACUUUGCUGUUGUAACAUUCUCAUCCAAUGUGGGUAGGUUGGUUUAUGAGCUUAAGCAAAACUCCACGAGCGAUCAAACAUACAGUGUUUUAAGUCUGGACGACCGUUACCACUACUGGGGUGAAAUUGGCCAAGUACAAUUCGCCAUUGCUGACCAUAAUCCACCAAGUGAUAUUUUGUGCAAGAACACACUAACUCGUGCCCCAAUGCAGGAAAUGCGAAAAUGGACUUGUGAAUUAGAAUUAAAAGCAGGAGAUGAGCUUGUAGCGCUUCCUACACUCUACCAUGUUUACCUAUCUGGUGGUUAUAAUCGAAGAACUAAGUUGCACGGUUUAUAUCCAGCCCACAAGGUUAAAGAUGUUGUCACACCUGCUCCAUACCCUUUAACAUGAUUUGAUUCCAUUGCAGUGGUUGCACUGUGUAUAUUGGUGGCCACAUGAUGACUAACCAUUACAUACUCAUAUAACUUAUCAGCAACAGGAAAGGUGUUGUGAAAAACAAUGGAAAAUUUCUUAUAACAAUAGAAGGAAAUUAAGCUGUUGCGUUAUGGGCCAUACACUGUGUAGUCUGCUGUUUAAGUUUCUAUUUUGCAACUUUUUAAAAGCACUGUAUAGUUAAAACCUUAUUUAUUAAAGUAUCUGCUUAAGUGCACGAAUGUAGUUUACAAUGAAGUAUUUAUGCAACAAUUAAUUGACACAAAUGCAAUAUAACAAUAUAUUAAAAUACUAACUAAGAUUAAUAAGAGUACAAUACAUUCAUAAAAACCAGCUAAACUUUG